GAAGGAAACAUGGGGUUAUCCCGAAAUGAAACGAUAUUUUGGACAGAGGACCACAUGGAAACGAACCAAACGACCGAAGCUUUUGGUCCGGAGGUGGUGAUUGUUCCUGUCGUCUUUGGGUGUAUAUUUUUUCUGGGAAUUGUCGGGAACACUCUAGUGAUGGUUGUUAUUGGGAAAAUUAAGUCAAGGCGCUCGAGAAGCACCACUAACAUUUUCAUUUUAAAUCUCAGUAUAGCAGAUUUGUGUUUUCUUCUGUUCUGCGUCCCGUUUCACGCUACCAUCUACUCUCUUCCCGAGUGGAUCUUCGGGGCGUUUCUGUGUAAAUUCGUGCACUAUUUUCUCAUGGUCAGCAUGCUGGUGAGCAUUUUCACACUUGUUGCAAUGUCUGUGGACAGGUACAUAGCCGUGGUUCUCUCCAAAAAGUCCCCAUGUAUUCGUAACCGGAGGAAUGCGCUCAUUGGCGUGUGUGUCAUCUGGAUGCUUUCUUUUAUCUUUGCCGUCCCGGUUGCGCAGCACCAGAUUUUGAUGGAUCACCCCAAGGCUCCUAACAGCUCGUUCUGCUGGGAGAUUUGGAACGAACGGGUGGCCAAGCACACCUAUAAAGUCACCAUUCUCGUGAUAGGUUAUCUGUUACCUUUGGUGUUGAUCACAUGCUGUUAUGCCAAGGUGUUGUAUCAUCUUCAUAAAAAAAUGAAAAAUAUGUCAAAGAAGUCUAAACGUUCAAAGCGAAAGACAGCUCAGACGGUGUUGCUGGUUGUCGCUGCUUUCCUCAUCUGCUGGAUGCCUCAUCACAUCAUAGCAAUGUGGGUGGAGUUUGGCCAGUUCCCUUUGAACGAUGCUUCCUUUGCUUUUCGCAUCAUGUCACACUGCCUGGCCUACGGAAACUCCUGCGUCAACCCCAUUCUUUAUGCCUUCCUCUCUGAAAACUUCAGAAAAGCUUGCAAGCAGGUCUUCACGUGCCGUUUUUUUUACUCUCCUCCACCCGUGGAGAAAGUGGUGCGCAUACGCAUGGAGAACUUCUCCACAACGCAUUCCACCACUAACAUAUGAAACUCAAAAUGUGUUACCAUCACUGUUUAAAUAUCACCAGAAGGGGGCAAAGGGGGGUUCGUUUUUUAUGCUUUGUAGCUUUAUGUCAUAGAUUUCAUCCAAGGAAGAAACUAAUAACAAAGACAGUGGUAUUAAACAAAUUUACUUGUGAAAAGGGAGUUAUUUUUAUUUCAUUAUUAUUAUUUAUGUACAUAUUUAAUGUGUUUUAAUGUUUAUGAAAAUAAGUGAAACUGUACAAACUCAAUUAUUUAAUUAUAUGAUAAGUUUAUGUUUUAAAAGAAGCAAUGAAGAACAUGACAGUGUUUGUAAAAGACCUGCAAAGUGUUGGCCUAUACACCAUUUGUGUACUUUAUGUAGUAUUUUAACAAAGACUUAGUUUAACAUGCCAGCUGAGAUAUUGUCUUGUGCACUGUGAUUUACUAUUUAUUCAUCAACAUCAGUUUACAUGUAUUAUGUCGUCUACUAUGGUUUUAUGUCAUUCAUGAAUAAUAAAAGAAUAAAAAUAAAAUACCUAAUUCAAGAACACAAUAAUUUAUGUGUAAGUUUGCUGGUCCUCGAAG